AUGGGGAAAUCUCCGAAAGGAAAGGGCAAGGGCUCCAAGGGAAAAAGCAAAUCACCCGGUAGUAAGGGUUCAAAGGGCAAAAAUGUCCCCGAAGAGCCUCCAGUCGAGCGGGGCAUGCAAACCGACCCCGACAGCAUCUGCUUCAUGUGCUGUGUGCAAUUCAGCGAUGGCGCCGCCAUACAAGCCCACACGCUACUAAUGGACCACAGACCCCCCUACCACAUCAGUCAUCAGCACUGUAGAGGCUGCAAAGAAACUGUUUUUAUGAAGUGGACGGAAAAACACAAGUGCGCCCUCGCCAAGGCUGCCUACCUACGUCUUAUCAGCUCCAAUGUCUCUCUGCCUGGCGGUCCGCCCUACAGAUGCCUUUACUGUCGUAGCCGACCUCUCAGCUCACGCAGCGAAUUAACCGUCCACCUGCUGGCCUAUCACCGGCCGCAGAGACAACCGGGGGUCUGUGGUUUGUGUCCAUUCACCUUUUCGGAGCCCGUUUCGCUCCCACCACCCCCUGUCCCCCCUCCACCGGCAAAUGCCGACGAGGCCACCCUAAAACAGUAUGCCAAGGAGGUGCAAAAGGCAACUGAACUACGAAUGUGUGAAUUUGAGUACGCCGAGGUGGCGCCUGGUUUGAUUGACCUCCACAAUCACUGUGCCCGAGUGCACGUUCCAGCCUAUAGCCUGCUUCUACGGCAGAGGCUCCUGACUGACUUCCACCUGAGAGAACCCUUUGCCUGUGUAAUCUGUGGCCAGGUAUUCCACAGCAACGUGGAAUAUCACGCGCAUAUAAUCUGCCGUCAUGCCACUGAUGUCCCCAUUAAAGAAGGACUCCGGAUCUGUGCAGUAUGCUCCAAAGGCAUCAGGUCAGAGGACUGUUUCAAUCAACACGUGAAACGGCGCCAUGAGGAGCCCAUAGCACACCUGGCCGACCUGUGGACCAGUCGAGAGCUGAUGAUGGAUGCGGCUGAUGCCGGCCAGGUGUGCACCACCUGUUGGGACGUUCUGCCCAAUGCAAUGCAACUGCAGGCCCACAUUAUAGUGGCACACACGUCAACCAAUCCGCUAGUUUGCGGUUGGUGCAAUUUGGAGUUCACAUCCUGUCCGGACCCGCUUGUUGCCUUUCCCAUCUUCCUGAAUCAUGAGCGGAAUCACGCCAGACUCCUCCACGCACAAGCUCUGGAGUCCAAGCGGACCUUUGAUCCGGUUCCCGAGCUCCUCAAUGAAGACUUCUCCGCGGAAGCCAUCGCAGCGAUGUUGGCCGCGCAAGCUGAGGCGGACGCCAGUAAAAGUUCCAAGUCUCCAAAGAGCGAAUCGGGAAAGAGCAAGGGCAAGGGCAAGGACAAGAGUAAGGGGAAGUCUUCACCGAAAAAGAAGAAGAAGUAA